UCAAAGACCCUAAUCAGCAUCACAUCCAAGACCAGAAUACGCAUUGUUUGGUGUAUUACCCUAAUGACAUCACAUUGCUGCAAUGCUGUGCUUGUCAUAGAGAAGGUGUUGCAAAGUAAUGUUCUUCGUAUAGCAUGAAUUCGUCCUUGGGUCAUUUUGUAAAGAUUUUAUAUGUUCUGCAUCUGUUCAAGACAUCAUGGUGAGGAAAUAUGUUUUCAUUUGUAAGCCUAUCAGUCGUGAUCCUCCUAUUACGCAAGUGUUAGGUUGUUGAGUAGAGACGCAUUGCAAAAUAUUGCCUGCUCGCUCUGUGGAAUUAAGCAGGAUACAUUCUCCCACUACCCUGCCCGGAAAAAUCGACUGCAUUGUCUUUGCUGAACGGGUGGACAAAGAAGCAAGCCAUAUAUGAAAACUAAUUGUACGCGUGGGUAAGCAUAUAUUGGCUAUCAAGAAAGAAUACACGCUUUAAACUAUACGUGGAUGGAAUUCAUUCAAACGACAAGGGAAGUUAACGACCAACAUUAUCAAGGAGAGCAGUAUGUUUCUCAACCUUGAUUUCUUAUCAUAAAAUAAAUUACAUACGAGUUAACUAUUCUAGGCUAUUGUAGUCGUCGACCUUCACGACCAUCUCAGACUUUUAGAUACGCAGAAUAGCAGAAACCGCGUGGCUGAAUUUAAAACCAACCCCAAUGCGUUUAUUCCAUGUCCGUGUCUGUUCAACAACACUAGCUGCCUACCCAUCGCUUCAAAGGAUCCUUAACUGCAUGGCUUUCUACCUCCAUCAUUCAUAAUGACAAUAUUGGUACAUGCAUAUUGCACUAUAUGAAUAUACCUCUGAUACAGUCCAACGUUUCUUAUUCAAUUCAAGGCUAAUUUGACUGAGGCUACACUGACACGUUCCUUGGACGAUAGCUCUGGAUUUCAGAUUCGGUUUUCAGUUUGUAUAUCUUUUUCUGUCUCAAUUGGAUCGUAUUGGGAUUAAGGUGGUUUUAACCCGAUGCAGAUGGUUUAAGAAAGGACUUCGCCUACCAAUUUGGUGACCAAUUUCUGAAGUAAAAGUCAACCCGUUGUUGGUUACUACCUUUACUACCUCUCUCGUCAAUUUCACUCCUCUUCGAUUAGAAAUGCUUCAGUAAGAAAAUAUUUGAACAGUGGAAAUAACGCCCAUGUGUCUACCCCUAAACAUCCACGGCGAAUCCUAUUAACGACAACGGUAAAGCCUGCUUUCAAGUCAUCAUUGAGAGAAGCAUUUGAGACUACAAAUACUGUCUGGUCGUCUGUGAGCUGCCUGGGACUCAACAUUCUGUUUCAUUGAUCCCUGCCAGGGGAUUAACCAGGGAUGGUGUCAACUGAAGCUUUCCCCCCCCCUUCAGGAUGAGCUGUGACUGACUGACUGACUGCAAGAGAGACGGGAUGCCUAUACCCAUGUGAUUUCUGCCAUGGAGACCAGAGCUUAAUAUCUGGAUCUGGAACCUGAUAGACAGACAGACCAUGGAGCGUCUGGUUGUGUGUGUGCUGCUGUGUGUACUGCUGUGUGCGGUGCUGGUGAAGGGCUACAACUGCCCCGGCCGCUGCAUCUGCCAGCACCUCUCCCCCACUCUGACUCUGCUCUGCGCUAAGACCGGUCUGUUGUUUGUACCUCCAACCAUCGACCGCAAGACCGUAGAGCUGCGUCUCACAGACAACUUCAUCACCAUUAUCCGCAGGAAAGACUUUUUCAACAUGACCAGCCUGGUCCACCUCACCCUGUCCCGCAACACCAUCAGCCAGAUCACGCCCAAUGCCUUCCUGGGCCUGCGCUCUCUACGAGCCCUCCACAUGGAUGGCAACCGCCUCAGUGUCAUCAAGAGCGACCACUUCAAAGGCCUGGUCAACCUCCGCCACCUCAUACUGGGGAACAACCAGAUCCACCAUGUGGCCCCUACCUCCUUUGAUGAGUUUGUGUCGACCAUCGAGGACUUGGAUCUGUCAAACAACAACCUGAGGACCCUGCCCUGGGAGGAGAUAGGCAGGAUGAGCCACAUCAACACCCUCACCCUUGAUCACAACCUGAUUGAUCACAUUGGAGCUGGGACUUUCACGCUCCUCACCAAGCUGGUUCGUCUGGAUAUGACCUCCAACCGGCUACAGAAGCUACCACCGGACAGUCUGUUUCAGCACGCCCAGGUGCUGUCAGAUGCCAAGGGCUCCAACCCGUCCUCUCUGGCGGUGAGCUUCGGGGGAAACCCUCUCCACUGUAACUGCGAGCUGCUGUGGCUCCGCAGACUGACCCGGGAGGACGACCUGGAGACCUGCGCCUCCCCAGAACAUCUCAUGGAUAAGUACUUCUGGUCCAUCCAGGAGGAGGAGUUCAUCUGCGAGCCCCCGCUCAUCACCAAACACAUAUCCACCAAGCCCUACGUCAUGGAGGGUCAGGGGGUCACCCUCAAGUGCAAGGCCAUGGGAGACCCGGACCCAGCCAUCCACUGGCGCUUCCCCGACGGUAAGCUGGUGCACAACAACUCCCGCACUAUCCUGUAUGACAACGGUACCUUGGACAUCCUCAUCACCACCUUAAAGGACAGUGGUGCCUUCAACUGUGUGGCCUCCAAUGCUGCCGGCAUCGCCACAGCUGCUGUGGAGAUCAACAUGAUCCCUCUGCCAUUGCUCGUCAACAACACAUUGCACCACAUGCGCGAGGCCGAUCGGGGCCUCUCUGACAUCACCACCUCCUCAAAGUCAGGCAACGACACCAAGGGCCAUGACAAGCACCAGGACAAGAGAGUGGUGGUGGCCGAGCUGACCUCCUCCUCGGCUGUGAUUCGUUGGCCCUCCGAGCGCCACAUCCCAGGCAUCAGGAUGUACCAGAUCCAGUACAACAGCACUGCAGACGACACACUGGUUUACAGAAUGAUCCCGUCCACCAGUAAGACCUUCCUGAUCAACGACCUGGCGGCGGGCCGGGAGUAUGACCUGUGUGUCCUGGCGGUGUACGACGACGGCAUCACCUCUCUGACGGCCACGCGCGUGGUGGGCUGUGUCCAGUUCCAUACGGCCAGCGAGGUCAGCCAGUGUCGCUUCAUCCACAGCCAGUUUUUGGGUGGCACCAUGAUAAUUAUCAUUGGCGGCAUCAUUGUGGCCUCAGUGCUGGUGUUUAUUAUCAUCCUCAUGAUCCGUUACAAGGCGCACAGCAGCCCCGAGGACAGCAAGGCCAAGGUCAGCUCCAGCAUGCACUCCCAGACCAACGGCAGCCAGCACAGACUCCAGCGCUCCACCUCCAAGCAACCUGCUGAGGACAGCCACCAGAGAGAAGCCCUACCGGUGGCAGCCAAGGAGUGCAUGGCCCUGGUGCUGAAGGUGGACAGUGACAAGAGGGAGUGGGACACCCCUCCAACCACUAUGGCCAUCCUGGAAGUGGAGCUGCCUCCCCUGCCCACGGACAAGAUGAAGAGGACCAGCCUGGACGUCCAGUGCUCUGGAUCUGGCCCCCCAUCGGAGGAUACACAGACAGACAGCAGCCUGACGGGCUCCACCAUGUCCUUGUGUCUCCUAGGCCCCAACGCCGGCACCAAGGAGGCCCCCAGGCUCAAGGACAAGAAGAGUGCCCUGGCCAACAUGGGGUUUAAUAAUGAGCUGGCACGAACUAGGCACAGGUUCAGCUUUGAUGGUGGAGACUACUCCAUAUUUCAGAGCCACAGUUACCCCCGCAGAGCGCGGACGAGGCGGCACAAGUCCACCAACCAGCUCAACGUGGAGUCCUCACCGCUCGCCAACCGGAGAGUCACUUUCAGCAGCACUGAAUGGAUGCUGGAGAGCACAGUGUAAGAGAUGCAACCUGGCCUCUCUGGCUUGCUGUCACACACAUACACACAGACACACACCAACAGUUUGACACAUACACAUUUACACAUCUAGCAAAUAAAGUUACAUGCAUACACACACAGACUCUCAGAGAGAGUUGCUGGAGAAGAACAUAGUCUCCUUUCAUCCUGCCUCCCCUCAUACUCCCAGAGAGACAGAGAGUUGUUGGUCAUUUCAUUAUUUUAUGCAGCAGUGCCUUAUUCUAAAAUAUGUACAAAUGGAGGAUGCUGCUCACUGUAGUCAUAAACCUUACUUUCUAUCAUGGUUUCCCCCUGUUUCAUGGGGAGUGUUGCUUAGAUUUUUUUACAUGCCAGGGGGUGGGGCAAAUGUGACAGUUUUCCAUUUAAUGUUAAAAAACAAACAUCACAGUGUAAAGUGAACAACCAGGUAUCUUGUAUGUUGAUCAUUCUUUGGGUUCUUUCAAAGACUUUUGCACACGAAGACACGACGAUACGAGGACAAGUAUCACACCAGUCUAUACAGUAAUAAAAAGAUUAUAGAACUAUACACAUGCCGAUUUCAAAUGUUAGCAUAGAGAGGAUGGACCUGAAAAACCUGUGGACUCCUCAAUGCUGGUUGGACUCAAUGAUAUUACUAGGUAUUGUUCCUGAUGUGACUGUAUGAUAUUAAUCGGUAUUGUAUCUGGCUGGUCUAGAUAAAAAGUUAACUAAAAAUACAUAUAGAAGUAUAUUAAAAACAUUGGUGUAUGUGUACUAUGUAAGUAAGUCAUAUGUCACAACUUUUUACUGAGCAUUUGAGUGUUGGCCACAAGUUCUUACAUUAAAAACCUGUGUCAUCACACUUCUCCCUAUUUAGUAUGACAAGGUUUGGACCACUUAUCCCUCAUGAGAGGGUAUUAAAUUUUUUGUGUGGGUUAACUGUA